AUGGGUAGCGCAUGCAAGAGACACCGUUCUGAUGAACAAGAGCACGACUUGGCCGUUAGCGACAGACCAGGGAAGCGACAGGCAAGCGAGCGUGCUAUGCAAGCGGAGCAUCACGGAACCGGCAUUCAACUUGUAGGCUCGGGAAACAUCACCAUCAGAGGAGACGCAAAUUUUGGAGCAAGACAUAAUCAGUGCCUCGCAGACUUAAGAUCCACCGAUCCCCGCCACGACAAAACGCGCAUCCAAGAUGCAAAGGGUGGCCUGCUGGAAGACUCGUACCGCUGGAUCCUCGAACAUGCCUAUUUCAUUCAAUGGCGUGACGACCCACUAAGCCGCUUGCUCUGGAUCAAGGGUGAUCCUGGUAAGGGGAAGACAAUGCUGCUCUGUGGUAUCAUUGAAGAGUUGGAUAAGAAGCUAAAGUCGAACACUGAAGGUGGGAAUCUAUCCUUCUUCUUCUGCCAGGCUACCGACUCGCGGAUUAAUAAUGCCACCGCCGUACUACGAGGCCUUGUCUUUCUGCUUGUCGAACAGCAGCCGUCUCUCAUCUCCCAUAUAAGGAAGAUGUACGAUCACGCGGGCAAACAGCUGUUUGAGGAUGCAAACGCAUGGGUAGCCCUAUCCGAGAUUCUUUCCGACAUCCUGCAAAACCCGGCGCUACAGAGCACCUAUCUCAUCAUUGACGCGGUCGAUGAAUGUGAGACGGGUUUGCUGCAGCUUCUCAAGUUUAUCAUCCAAAAGUCCUCCGUAUCUUCCCAAGUGAAGUGGAUCGUUUCUAGUCGCAACUGGUUACAGAUCGAGGAGCAAUUCAAUACGGCUAAACAGAGAGUUCGACUAUCACUGGAGUUGAAUGCCGAGUCUGUGGCUACUGCUGUUGAUAUAUACAACAACUACAAGGUGGAUCGUCUGGCAUCAAUGAAGAACUACAAAGAUGCAACAACACGCGCUAUUCGAGAUCACCUGUCCUCAAAUGCGAAUAAUACGUUCCUUUGGGUAGCCUUAGUCUGUGAAGAGCUGGAAAAACUUAUGUCAUUUGAAACGCAUAAAGCCCUAAGAACAUAUUUACCAGGUCUGGAUACACUUUACGAACGAAUGCUACAACAAAUCCAUUCUUCAAGCAGUGCAGAUCUCUACAAGCGGGUUCUGGCUGUCGUAUCGGUCGUAUAUCGCCCUGUAACCUUGCAGGAACUGGUUUCCCUCGACGAAUCACUACAAGGUUUCUCAGAGAAUCUCCCGGAAUUUGAAAAAGUUAUUACAAGCUGUGGCUGUCUCUUGAAUGUUCGAGAGGAAACAGUUCACUUUGUCCAUCAGUCUGCGAAGGACUUCUUACUCAAGAAGUCGGACGAUCAACUUUUCCCACUUGGAUUAAAGCACGAGCACCGCGCCGUCUUCUUGAGAUCACUCCAGAUACUGUCCAGCACACUCCACCGGGAUUUGUACAGCUUGCAGCAUCCAGGAUGCCUUAUCGAGCAGAUUCAGCCGCCCAUACCAGAUCCAUUAGCCACCGUCCGCUAUUCUUGCAUUUACUGGGCUGACCAUCUACGACAUAGACGGAAUGCAAUGCGAUAG